CUGCAAAGCAUCGUUGCCAAUCUGCAGACCAGCACCGCGGGGCUCUCCCGUUUGCGGACGGCAUACUGCGUGUGGGGCAAGUAUCCGGAACUGUUGACCAGCGCCUGCCGCAGCUUCCGGGAGCGAAAGAGUUCCGGUUUUGUCACCGACGACGGGCACGACCUCUCUCUACCUUACGUGGUUCUGCACAUGACCUUCGCUGGCUGGCCGCUUAGUAGCGCUACGCUGGAGAGCCCAUUGCAGCUGUGGUCGGUGGUGCAGCAGGUGGCGCUCACCCUGGCCGUGGCGGAAGAGGCGCUCGAGUUCGAGCACCGAUCCCUGAGCGAAGACCACGUGCUCGUCAAGAAGGCGCACCACGACGUGCUCUCCUACAGGCUCAACGGGCGCGUGCUGCACGUGAACACUUUCGGCGUGCAUGCCUUCCUCGUCGACUUCUGCGCGUCCCGCCUGAGACCACGCGGAGACGUGAAGCCCUUGUUCACCGACCUGAAGAAAAUGCCGAGGAACAAGUGCGAGGCCAUGGGGGAGACGUUCUUGAAGAUCUGCAACCUCGUCGGAUGCGAACAGUCCAUGGGCAGAAAUCCGACGAACGUGGCUGCCCUGGAAGGGCUGACCAGGAGUCUGGCCAAGAGGUUCGAGAGCCGCUUCGCCGCAGCCGUGGACGAGGCCGAGCAGGAGGCAUGGUGCGACCUGUGCUUCUGGCUGGACGAGAUGCCCUACUGCGCCAGCGCCACAGAGCUCGCUCUGCAGAUGGCCAUGUAG